UGCAGGGUCCUGGGAGAGCGGGAUAUAGUGAAUGCGGGGUCCGGGGAGAGCGGAUAUAGUGAAUGCGGAGAGCGGAUAUAGUGAAUGGUCAAGGGUGAGAGCCGGAUAUAGUGAAUGCAGGGUCCGGGGAGACCGGAUAUAGUGAAUGUAGGGUCCGGGGAGAGCAGAUAUAGUGAAUGCAGGGUCCGGGGAGAGCAGGAUAUAGUGAAUGCAGGGUCCGGGGAGAGCGGAUAUAGUGAAUGCAGGGUCCGUUUAGAGCAGAUAUAGUGAAUGCAGGAUCCGUUUAGAGCAGAUAUAGUGAAUGCAGGGUCCAGGGAGACCGGAUAUAGUGAAUGCAGGGUAUGGGGAAAGCAGAUACAGUGAAUGCAGGGUCCGGGGAGA